AACCCUCCUCCAGGCAGAUCCCAGCAGAUCUGUACUAGCUGUGCCGCACUCUGGAUCUCUACAGCAUGCAGAACCACCUGUAGUAGGCACCCAGGAUGUUUAACUGGGUGGUGAAAGUGGUUCCUCAGCCUCCUGAAGCUGGUGGUACAGACGACGUUGCCAACACCUCUGCUGCUAAGCCUAAAAAAAACAGAGAUGUGAAGAGUCCUCCACUGACAAACAUAGAGGAGGGUUCAGAUGACAGUCAGGGCCAAACUGGAGUAUUAGGCUGGCUCUCUAAUGGCUUGGUCAGUGCUCUGCCGCAGCCUUCUGGCUCCCCUCGACUCGACAGGGCCAGCUCUGAAGCCAGGCCAGGAGAAGAUGGAGAAAGGUCUGGAGUGAUCGGUUGGGUCGCUCAGGGUCUGACCAAAGUUCUGCCUCAGCCUGAUGACAAAUACAAAGAGACCGAUAACGCCGACAACGCCGACGAGCACACAGAGGUGUAUGAUGUAGAAACAAUGCCAGAUUAUGAUCCUCUUCCACACAUCCCUGUGGUGGAGAUGUUGUCAGAAGACGAGGCGUCAGAGGUAGAGAAUUUGUCUCCUCAGUUUCCUCCCAAUGUGGUGAACUGGAUAAAGCAGAUGAUUCCUCAGCCUGUGAUACUGCCCCCUGGUGCCGUGCCGCCUGAACCGUCCUCCAAAUCUUCCCGCUCUUCUCUGGACAAAAUUCUGUCUCCACCGCCUGAAUCUCUCAGUGGAAUCUCUCUGGAUACCGACAGCAGGACCUCCGGUGUGGUCGGCUGGUUCGUGACUGGUCUGGGUUUGAAGCUUCCUCAGCCAGCUCUUCCACAGAAAGAUGACGCUCAGGGUGCUGCUGAAGUCCUACAGAAAGGGGGGAAGGCGCUGCGACAGACACAGUCCAACUCGAUGGAGCCUCAGAAGUGCAACAACGUCGAGGCUGAGCCAAAACCAUCAGAGGAUGCGAUGCAAACAUGUCAGGAAGAUGCUGAGACUCAGACGGGCCGCUGGACGCCGUUUAUUGAAAGCAUCAAAAAGGAGGCUGAGGAUGUUGCUUUGGCUACUAUGGAGGAACGUCUGCUCCAGGAGAGGGUGGAGAUGGCCCGUAUGGCUGAGGAGGUGGCCAGGCAGACAGCUGAGAUGGCAAUCAGACAGAUGACCAGUGAGGGACAGUCCAUCAAACUGUCACUGGGGAGUCAGGAGCUGCUGGAGGAGCCUGAAGACGGGCUGCUGCAAGAAGAGGAGAGCGAGGUGGAGUCCUGUAAAGUCUCAGAAAAGGAAGACAGCGUCGUUCAGGAGGAGCAGAAAGUGGAAACUGAAGAACCUGCCAUCCGGGAAGCAGAGCCACAUGAAGAAGAAGCAGCAGCAGCAGAGCCACAGCCGGCCUCACCCUCUCCACCUCCCAGUCCUGAACCGGUGAAGAACUCUGAGCCAGAACCAGAACCAGGACUAGAACCAGAGACCAAGACCCAGGAAGCCGGUCCAGAAGCUGUGACCCAGCAGCCGCAGAAAAAAGAAGACGGUCCAACUGCUAACUCUGAGAAACCUGCUGAAAAAGUAAUGAGCAUGAGUGGUCCAUCUCCAGUCAGCUGUGAUGCACUUAAGAGCUGCCUGAUGCGCAUCCCUCACACCUCCGAGUGCCUCGGCAACCUCAACGCUUUCUUCAAAGAGAACGGCAUCUCUCCUCCCGCUAUACCUUCCAUGCCUAAAAUACCCACCAAACUGUCUGACGUCACCCAGUACCUACCCUCCCUGCCCCCGGAGUUACGCCAAGAGCUCUCCCACAUCCGCCUCACCCAGGUUCCCCGAAACAUCGCCCAGACUGUCACUGAGCUGCUGCCCAAGAACACCGACGGUUCGGUGGGCCCCAAUCUGUCCGGCCUGUCCCAGAGCUUUUCCGAGAGCUUUGCCAACAUCCCGCAGAAGCUGUCCCAGUUCCCCGUCCGAACGCAGCAGUACUUUAAACAACAACAACAACAACAGCAAAAACACAAUCAUCAAGACGUAGAACUCAACCGGCUCGUGCGACACUCCCCUUUGCCUUCUCCUCCUCAUCCUCAGCUGCGAUCCCGUUCCCCGUCUCCGUCCUCCCCCAACAGCAGCACGCUGGACCUGCCCAAUGUGCCGUCCUACCCUCGGCUUCCACCCAUCGUCAGCCCUCCAUCCAAGCAGCUCAGCUCUCUGUCCCGGCAGCUGUCUGGUCUCUCUAACCCCGCUUUCUUCAUUGAAGACGACUCAGAAAUAUCUCAAAAAAGGCCUGCAGAGCGCUCCAGCCUCAGCCUUCGUCCAGCCGUCAACAUUGAGGACGUCGACUCAGAUCAUGAGAGAGGAGGAGGAGGAGGAAGAGGGGAGGAGCAGAUCCUCAACUCCCAGGACCCCAAACUUACAACCCUGACUGUCCCUGUGGCUCCUUCCGGAGGCCGCCAGAGUAAAGGGGAUAAAGACAGUGGGAGGAAUCAUAGGACUAACUGGACAAAGAUUAAGCGGCUUCAUUCUCAGAGUGAAGAUGAUGAUGAUGAUGAUGAAGGAAACAUCCCCAUCAGAGCUUGGCCCAGUCAGUCCAGCCUGCACAGCACAGAUGACGUUCUGAAGGAGCGACCAGCGUCUUCAGCCAGUCAGACCAGCACCGUGGUGAACGAAAGACUUCAGGAGCUGGUCAGGAUGUUCAAAGAGAGAACAGAGAAGGCCAAGGAGAAGCUCAUCGACACAGACAGCUCGGAUGAAGACAGCGUCAUCCCCUCUCCUCCUCAGGCCCCAGCUCCUCAGCCUGCUCCAGCAGCUCCACCUCUGGAUGGAGAAGAGAAAGAGAUGGAAGCAGGUCCAUCAUCCGGAGGAGGAAUAGAAAAUGGGGCUGAGGAGGAGAAGCGGUGUAGGCAUGGCCGUAAGGUGAAAACUCCUCUUUGGAUACGAGGCUGUUUGCACUUCCGCUUCCCUGCCAGCAUCGACCCUUUCACCAACCUAAUGUACGUGCUGUGGAUGUUUUUGGUGUCUCUGGCGUGGAACUGGAACGUGUGGUUCAUCCCUGUGCGCUGGGCCUUCCCCUACCAAACCCCAGACAACAUUUACUACUGGCUGCUGACCGACUAUCUGUGUGACCUCAUUUACAUUCUGGACAUCACCGUUUUUCAGCCACGCCUGCAGUUUGUGCAUGGAGGAGACAUAGUGAGUGACAAAAAAGAGAUGAGAAAGAAUUACAUGAAAACCAAACGCUUCAAGUUUGAUGUUGCCAGCCUUGUUCCCCUGGAGCUGUUCUAUUUUAAAACCGGCAUCAACCCACUGCUUCGCUUACCCAGACUGCUGAAGAUCAACUCUUUCUUUGAGUUCAACGAGCGUCUCGAGGCCAUCCUGACCAAAGCCUACAUUUACAGGGUAAUACGCACCACCACCUACCUUCUCUACUGUCUCCACUGCAACGCUUGUCUCUACUACUGGGGCUCUGCCUUCAAAGGCCUGGGAUCGACUAAAUGGGUGUACAAUGGAGAGGGAAACAGUUAUAUUCGCUGUUACUACUUUGCGGUGAAGACCCUGAUCACCAUUGGUGGUCUGCCAGAUCCCACCACCCUGUUUGAGAUCAUCUUCCAACUCAUCAACUACUUUGUUGGAGUUUUUGCCUUCUCUAUUAUGAUUGGACAGAUGCGUGACGUGGUUGGUGCAGCCACAGCCGGUCAGACCUACUACCGCACCUGUAUGGACAACACUAUCAAAUACAUGUCCUCCUAUCGCAUCCCCAAAGAUGUCCAGAACCGAGUCAAAACCUGGUACAACUACACCUGGCAAUCACAAGGCAUGCUGGAUGAGCAGGAACUGCUGACUCAGCUGCCAGAUAAAAUGCGUCUGGACAUCGCUAUAGAUGUCAAUUACUCCAUUGUGAGCAAAGUCCCUCUAUUUCAGGGUUGUGACAGACAGAUGAUUUUUGACAUGCUGAAAAGCCUACGCUCUGUUGUUUACCUGCCAGGAGAUUAUGUCUGCAAAAAGGGCGAGGUCGGUCGGGAGAUGUACAUCAUAAAGGCGGGGGAAGUGCAGGUGGUUGGAGGCCCGGAUGGGAAGACGGUGUUUGUUACGCUCAGAGCAGGAUCAGUGUUUGGAGAGAUCAGUUUGCUUGCAGUCGGUGGAGGCAACAGGCGCACGGCCAAUGUGAUCGCUCACGGUUUCGCCAAUCUAUUCAUCCUGGAUAAAAAGGACUUGAAUGAAAUCCUGGUGCACUACCCCGAGUCCAAGAAACUGCUCCGCAAGAAAGCCAGGAAGAUGCUUAACAAGGGGAAGAAACCUGAACCUAAAGGAGAGACCAAGGAACCUCCUCAGGUCCCAGCGGCUCCUGUCAGGCCAGAAACUCCCAAACUACUGAAAGCAGCGCUUGAGAUGACUGAGAGAUCUUCAGGACUGAAAGGAGCUCUGGCUAAAGUCAAAGAGAAGACCAACAAAUCCAGCAUCUCAUUACGGCCAUCCCUCUCCUCCUCCCUUCCUCCUGCAUCACCAGCCUCCAGCUCUGGACGCGACAGAGACGAAGACUCGCUGUCGCCCGUCUCCACGACAUUUCGCUCGGCUUCCCUCUGCCGCAGUGCUGCAAAGCCUCCACCUGCAGCCCCGCGCCACAGUGACGCCAUCGAAAGGGAGGAUGUCAGCGAGGAUGAAGAGAACGAGGGCGGCAAGAAGAAAGAGAAGAAGCUGUGAUAGUUUUCUGGAUGAGAAGAGGAAACUUUAGCCUGAAAUAGUAGGAGAUGUAAAUGGAGAUAAGUCUUAUUGUCAAGCUGAUCUGUCUGGAUACAUAUGCUCAGUGGAAAUUAACUAAAUGGAACGGUGUUGAAUUGUGAACCAGGUGGAGCUUUGCUAUGUCAUUGCCCACAACAUACUGUACAGGUGUAUCUGUAAUCUGUAAAACUGGUAUAUUCUGUCUUUUAGAUCUUGUUGGUGUCCAUGUCCCUUUGAUUGUUCAAGCUGGACCACUGGAAAAUAUAACUUCAGAUUCUUUUAUAUUUGCUCUCUUUACCUCGACCCACAGGACUCAUCUUCGUCUCAUCAUAGUCCUUUUAACGUGGAGGACAUUUCUACUUAUCUCAGCAGGUGUUUUUUUUUUCAUCUACACUGAGUUUCCAUCAAUGAACUCUCUGGAGCUCUGAUACUGUGCAGGAUACUCAGCUCAGACCAUGAAUUUCUACACAAGUGAACUUUUGUCUUUUUGUUUUUGCUGUUGUUGUUUACUACGUGUUUACAGAUCGUUUUUGUAAUAUGCCUUAUAUUUCUGUGUUGUGUUGGAGUGAGUAGCCUGCAGCUGCUGAUGGUUUUUACAGAGCUGGUUAGUAAAUCCAGUAAAUCUGUGGACUAGUUAAGCUUUAACAAUGCGAUCGUCUAUGCUCCUAUCAGAUCUACAUGGACAGCUCAGUCCAAGGUAAUCGCACAUUUUAUUUUAUUUUACUGUUAUUCAUUUAAAAAUAGCAGCUCUAACAUAAUCUAAAGCGUCUGUUAAAAAUUGUUUUACAUGCUGUACUGCUGGUCAUGUUCCUGUUUUUCACAUGGCUUCUCGAAAUGCUAAAUGUUUAAUAUGUUGUGUUAAUGACUCAGUACUGAUGUGAGAAAUGCCAUGUAUGUAUAUAUAUAUGUUGAUUAUUGCAGGCUCAGGGGAUCGGCCUAUAAACCAGCUAAGCAAACUGCCGGAUGAAUCCAUUUAUUCUGUAUGAACGGAGCUACAACAUGAGUGAAUUUAUCACUGGUGUAGUGCUGGCUUUUGUGAAUUUUCUUUAAAUAAAUGACUGUUUUCAGCA